AUGCACAAUGCAGAGGGCACUCCGGGAUCCAUCGACUUGGGCUACAAGUAUGAUGAACUGAUGAAUGCCUUGCGGUGCUCUUCAAAGAACAGCUGCCUCGAGAAGGGGCUGGCUGAUCUGGAGUCCGAGGACGUGAAGCGAAUCCUCGAAAAUCGCACAAGUGGCGAGAUGCAGCGAUUUGCAGAGCUCCAGUGCUCCUUUGCAGGAAACCGCGUGGACACGGAGGACGUAGAGAAGGGGAAGCUGCCAGUGUUCUCCGACAAGAUCUGGGUGGCUGCGCUGAAGGCGCACGGUGCCACGAUGCAGCUGCGACCAUCUGAAACCGCGCCUUGCCCCAGUGUGCUGCCUUUCGUGGUGGCUUUCUGCGCUUCCAGCCUGCGCUGCCUUGAAGAAUCGGAUGAUGCGGGCAAAGGAUAUUUUGCUUUGCCGGAGUUUGAGAAUGCAAGGUCGCGGGUGGAGGUGGAGCUUGCUCCACUUCAAAACAUCACUCCGACUUCUGUCGAUCAGAUGAGCUUAGAAGAAUACGACACCAGCUUCGAGAAGCUGCCUGAAAGACAACGGUUGGAGAGGUUCUGGACAGACAUGGUGAACUCUCAAUACUCUGGACUGGAGCCUAAAGAUGAUGCCUUUCAGUGGAAGCUGCAGUGGAAAACUGCAAAUUUCACCAGCAAGGUGGGCCUUCUCAAGUCUUGGCCUCAGAUUGCCGAGAGCCUCAGUGGAGACGGAGACCCCGGGGACAAGGAGGUGGACUGGUUUGCCACGAGACACUACUGGGAGAUGGUGGCCUUCACUGCCUUCGCGAGGCAAGGUGUCAGACAGGCACUGCCGCAAGCAUCUUCCGCAGCGGAACAGGAGCGGACGCUGGCCCAGGUCACCCGAAACCUACGAAGCAUCUGGGACACCAAGCUGUGCUCACCAGGUGCACUGGGAGGCUUGAAAGAGGAACACUUGAAACGCUUAGGCGUCACGGAUGAGGUCUCUCUCAUCUUCGCGUUAGCGGACAAGGAGGCUCUGGGGCAAGCGAUGUGGAGAAAGUGGAUGGUGUUACACAUCAAGCCGAGCGACCUCGACAGCGUUCACAGGCCGAACCUGGACAAGUUUUCGUCACUACUGGAAGACCAUACCUGCGACUGCAUGUGCUACGACCAGUGCGGCAAGCUGGAGGCAUCCGCCUACGUGACUUGCAAUCCCAUUUCUCCGGGGGCCCCAGAGGAGGAGAUCCAGACAGAAGCCCUGAAACUCUUUGCUCGCGAAGUCGUAGUCGACAAGGUGCACAAAUCCGGGGCGGUCUACAAAGAUGCAGAGUUGUCCGUCCAACGCCUACCAGGACUGGGAGGUUGCAGAUCCCAGCUCGUCCUCCGAUCACUCUAUGGGGCCUAUAAAAAUAUCGCUGGUCACAUCUCGAAGUGCGAAGUGCCGCAUUUCUUCAAUCAGAGCAAGAUCGCAGGUGACGACCUCAAAAUCAUUCUUUGGAGUGACGAGGACGCGGCGGAACCGUUAAAUUUCCAAGCUUACGAGAAAGUCAAGCUUGUAAAUCCUUUUUAUUAUUUGGAUUCGGAUUCCGACAUUGAUUCGGAUUUCGACGCUGAUUCCGAUUCGAGCAACUCACUGUAUAUAUCGCCAAAUCCACCUGACGAGCACUAA